UAACUAAUCAAUGGCGGCUUCCUUGAAACAUGGCAAAAAUAUGUUUUUGACGAUAUUUUAGUUGAAACUCAGGGGACAGUAUUCGAAAUCUGAGGUAACCGAAAGUCGGUUCAAGUGCUUUUUACCUAGCUUAGACAGUAUUGAUCAGCACACCAAUGGAUCCUGAUGUCUUUAUUACAAAAGUUGUGAAACCAAAGAAGUCUAUACAGUGGGUUGCAUCCUCCUUUGAUGACUUUGCAAAUGAUAGUUUUUCAUCCCUUGUGUCUACGCGACAAAAGAGUGCCACACCCUCCACAAGUCAUGCAAAGAAACGCCCUCGGGAACAGUCUUCUGUGAAAAUCUUUUUCUCACAAGAGCCAGUCCAUAGACUAACCACUUGCGUAAAAGGAAAAGACAAAAAACUCAAAGCAAUUCUCAAUACAGAUUUGUGGGCUGAAAAGUUUGAUCCAAGAAAUAAGGCAGAACUUGCUGUACACAAAAAGAAAGUUGAAGAAGUGGAAACAUGGCUCCUCCGUAAAUGCCAAGAUGUUUACAAACAUGAAGCUCCAAUUCUUCUCAUGACUGGACCAGCUGGGGCUGGGAAGACUGCCACAAUCCAUGUUUUGGCUAAAGACCUGAAAUGUGAAGUUCAAGAAUGGACAAAUCCAGUUGUGCCAUCAUCGGAUCAGUUCCUCCCAGAUGCUUUCAAUCCUUAUGAGAACUCCCGAGUGGAUGUGUGUCGGUACGAGUCACAGUUGACACAAUUCAAGAACUUCCUGCUACGAGCUAACAAGUACCACUCUCUCGACAUGUUUGGUUCACAGUCGUCCAACAAGAAAAUUAUUUUUGUUGAGGAGCUGCCAAACCAAUGUUUUCGUGAUAUUGUCGCUUUCCAUGAUAUUCUUAGGAAGUAUCGCCACGUGGGUCGCUGUCCUCUGGUCUUCGCACUCAGUGACACGACAAGUGGAGAAUCUAAUGAGAGGCUUCUCUUUCCUGCCGACAUACGUGACGAACUUCAGAUUGAAGCCAUCAGUUUUAAUCCUGUUGCACCAACCAUGAUGAUUAAAGUAUUAACACGAAUUGCAAAUCUGGCAUUAAAUCAGGGAGCCUCGAAUUUUGUCCCUUCAAGCAAUGUCCUAGAAUCUGUGGCUAUGUCCAGUGCUGGGGAUGUACGAUCGGCUGUUAAUGCCUUACAGUUUGCUUGUUGUCAAGAUACUUUGGACUUGAAGAAGAUAUUAAAUUCAUCCAAAACUAAAACAAAAUCAUCUGGAAGGAAACUAAAAUAUCAGACGAGUCUUAACAAAGAUACAUUGUGUUCUGCGGAAUCUGGCAUUGGAGCUAGAGACACAACCUGUUUCCUCUUUCACGCCAUUGGCAAAAUACUACACUGCAAGCGGGAGGAUCCAGCCAAUGUUCCCAGCCUCCCCCGGUUACCUCCACACCUGUCAGAACAUGACCGUGAUCCACUGGUCAUUGUUCCUGAGGAUGUCAUUGAGAAAUCUCACCUUUCUGGUGAUUACUUCACAAGUUUUUUACAUCAGAACUACAUGGAUUUUUUCAACCAUCUGUCUGAUGUCGUUCGAGCCAGUGAAUACAUCAGCGAUGCAGAUUUCUUUACUGCUGAAUGGGAAUCUCGAUCAAUAAUGCAGAAUUACGCAGUGUCGAUAGCAUCCCGAGGUGUGAUUCAUUCCAACACUGACUCUGCCAGACACAACUCACAGCGGGUGGGGCCCGGUUGGAAACCGUUACACAAGUCACAGUGGUUUUCUGUACAGAAAAAGUCAAGACAGAAUGGUCAAACUGCCUGUGAAUUAUUUAGAGGAUGCCAUUGUGAACCUGAAGUAUUGUGGACAGAAAUUGUACCCUUCAUGAACCUGAUUAAUAUAACACUUCACAGUCCAGGUCAGAUAUCUUUUGUGCAAGAAAUGGGUAGAUUUACGAGACAUGGUCAGUCAACAAAAUCAGAAAAGCUUGAUGAGAAAGAUGUGGUUUCAUUGGAGGAGGCAGAAACCUGUAGUGUGCCGCUGACCAAUGAAAAGUCAUCUGUUUCAAGUACCUCCUACGAUGAUGACUUCAUUACAAACAGUCAAAAUGAAAUUAAAGUUCAACCAGAGGAAGAAGAAGAAAUCAUUAUUGAAGACUUUGAUGACUAAAUGUUGACGUGUGUUUAAUGUUUUUAGAAUCUGCAACAGCAAUACUGAUGGAAUUUAUCAGCAACAGUUAUUUAACAUCGUCUGAUUUGUUAUUUAACAUCAUCUUUUAAUCUGAGUCAUCAACUUCAUUGAAGUAGUUAGGUGUUGAAAUAAAUUAAGAUUGUUCAUUUAGAUUACCAGGAGGUAAUGACAGUAAAGUCAAGAACUGUCCUUUGUUCUCAAUAACAUCUAAUUAAAUGACAACAAAAACCCAUCACAUACCAUUGACCAGUUGUGUUUUAUUCACAUAUAAGAAUUCAAUACAAGUAGCAAUACAACAUGAAUUGUGAUAUGAAUGAUUAAUAUAGUACUAUGGGACAAUAUUUCAAAACCUUAUGUAAAAGGAACUCAAUUCUCAUGAUUUUUAGCUAGGUAACCAACAUGAAGUAUAUUUGCAUAAUCUAUUCAAUUAACUGAAACUGGUGUAUAGAAAUUGCUUAUUUGUUUACAGUACCGACAUUUGAACAGAAUGACAUGUCAGGUGGAAUAUUUUGUCCUGAACUAUAAUCUGUUUUAAAGGAUUUUAAUAGUUAAAAUUAUGGGAAUCGUAAACUUGAUAAAAUUGUUGUAUACCAGGUCUGUUUUUUGUGGUAACCUGUAAAUGAGUUACCAGUCAUUAUACCUGUUUUGAUUCCUGAUAAUGCAUAUGUAAUCUACUGUUUUUAUAAUGGAGAAACAUCGAUAGUGAUGAGCAUUGACCAAUUAAACAAGUACAGUGCA